GGUCCAUCACCAGCGCCUGCAAGCCUGCUUGUGCAUCACUGCGCGAGCGCAGAUCUAAACUGCGACUACCCCGUCCUCCUCACGCCAACAUACGCAAUUUGACUAUUUGAUCGCCCCAUCACCAAAGACUACGGUUUCCUGGACCCUGAGUCUGCGUUGUGGCACCUGGCAGGAUCGCAAUGUCGUCACGCUUCUCGGCCGCGAGGCCAAAGCGAGCCGGCGAGAACUUCGCGCGAACGCACCACAACGAAGAUGACCCCGACAGCAAACGUGUCAAAUUCGACGUACGAAAUCCAUCGACCCUGGCACCGGACGCCCGCGAGGAUGACGCGGUCCUGGAUGCGGAUGUCAUCGGUGGAAGCAAUGCCAUGAAGCGUGGUGCCGUAAACCUCGAUGGCUACGACAGCGAUUCCGACAACGAAACCUUCAACGCGAGAGCCGCAACCCGGCAGACCGGCGAUGUCAACUGGAACAAGCUUGAUAAUUACGACGCAAAGGGUGGUGGUGCGGACGGCAAGACGUCUGCAGCCAAUGCCGAGGACGAUGAUGAUGAUGACAUGUUUGCCGCAGGCGACAAAGAGGAUGGUGGGAAUGCAGAAGCGGAAUCCGCAGACUUCGACAAAUCUGGCCGCAAGAAAAAAGAUGUACGAUUCCUGGACGAGUCAAACAUUCAAGGCCAAGAGGACACAAGCAAAAGCGGGGGUCACGUCAGGCUGGAUGAGCAGGAAAGCAGCGACGACGAAGCCGACGUUGAGCUUGCCAUACAGGAAGAAGGUCUGGACCAAGAAGUCGGCGCUGGCGGCUUGAAGCGCAACGCGCCCAAGGUGGAAGCCUUCAACCUGAGAGAGGAAAUGGAAGAAGGCCGCUUUGACACAGAGGGUAAUUAUGUCCGCAAAGCCGGCGACCCCGACGCCCAACAUGACAACUGGCUCAAUGGCGUGAGCAAAAAGGACAUGAAAAAGGCUGCAGAGGCGCACGAGCGGCGCGAAGCUGAGGCUCGGAAGCAGCGCAUCCAGGAGGACGGCGUCCUGGUGUCAGAUCUCCUCAAAACGCUUAUUUUGCAGCUAGAGAAGGCCGAGACACCACUGGAAGCACUGGGAAGGCUUGGAAAGAACCAGGUCAAACCGGCAAAAAAGGUUCCUAAAUGGAAGCUCAAGAAGAUGAACAAGGGUGCGGACGGCAUGGACGUCGACGCCGACGCCACCGAGGAUCCGGAGCAGGCCCGAAUCAAACAAUCCAUUAACACCAUCACCGACGCGGCUGACAAAUUGCUCAGCCGCGAUUAUGAGGACGUCUACGACCAAGAACGAGAGAUGCUAGUUCGGGAGUAUCGGCGCGAAACCGGUGAGGAUUGGGUCGAGCCUGAGCCUCGCGAAAACAGGGAAGGUGGUGAUGACGAGGCAUCUGGUGACGAUUUCGAGUGGGAAUUUCGAUGGACAGACGGUCGCGACGGCGGAGAUACGCAGGGCCCAUUUGACAGUGCCAUGAUGAAGGCGUGGCAAGAUGCCGGCUAUUUCGGUGAAGGCGUCGAGUUCCGCCGCGCUGGCGAUGGUGGCAGCGGCUGGAGCCAGGCUGUCAGUUUUACGUGAGACGGUAUAGGGCGGUCGAAGUUGCAGCCGCCGCGCUCACGUGCUCUUUUGCAUAGAUCGGGUACGGUAGGUCUCGGCGGGAUCUGCGAGACCACCGUGAUGCCGACGGUCACAGGGGGCGGAUUGCUAGCUCUCGGAUGGCGGAGGUCACCACCGCCUCGGCCAGCAGCGCUGCUCAUGUGGGGACGACGGGAAUAGAGCAAAGGGGGGGGCCUUCUUUACGUGAGUGCAGGCGAUUCCGCACCGGGAUCAAGGAGACAGUGCCGGCCGAGACGGGCAAGUAGACAGCCGACGAGAACUGGUUCCUGGUGUUCCCGAGCGAGGCCCGCAUGGCCGCGGCUGUGGGCGGCUGUCGUCGCCAGCGGCAGCCCGUGAAGCCCCGGCCGCCUCCACGAUUCGCACACGAUGCACCCGAUCCGUUGCCGUGCUGCGGGACGGCAGCCGCUGGCGUUGGUUUAGGCCCAUGCAGAUGCAGACCUGUGCCACACCUGGGCAAUUUUGGGAAGAUGAAGCCAUCGUGAGACGGGAGGGCACAAGCAGCUUUUCUACACUGUUGACAGACAGUCUGCCCACGCGGGCGAUUGACUCAUUAGGGGGAAAAUCGGUCGCCGGAAGCGGAGGACAUUUUUGUUGAGUGAUUUAUCAUCACUAUUACAGCACGACACUGCACACCGCACGCGCGCGCCUUGUCGGAGCUCUGCGCCGACCGAUAAGCACAACGAAACCACCCACGCACACGCACCUGGGCUGGGCGGGCUCUACCGCGGCGGUACCUCGACCGCGGGCGGUGGGCAUCGGCACGGCUUGGUAUCUCCCAUGUUGUGGCGGGCACGGCGUACCCGCCGGUUCCGGUAAAAGACGCACCUCAACUGGGCUGCCAGUGGAGCGAGGCCAGCGAGCGUUCGUUUUGCUGGGCUGAGGUUGGCGGUCGUUCGUUCUAGCGGGUUGGUGGGGUCAACCUUGUUGGCGGGACUGCCGCCCACUGCCAGCCAUUGCACGCACGAACAUGACAUGAGUUUUGGGCGGAUACUGUACGUGGAUGGGUGGUGGGCGUCAUGGCGAAAUGGAGGAGGGUGGUGUAUGUUCGUACGGACCAUUGGCAGCGCUUGGCGAGAGCAUGCAUUCUUUCACGCACGCCCUGCCUGCCUGUAUGCCUGCCUGCGAGAGACGGAACAUGAGGUUACUCGCGCGAGAUAACGGCGGCAUCGCGGAGGAACCAGGUUUAGGAUACGAUAGGUACAUACACACAGCAGUGCUAAACGUCACAGCGUAGAGUAAUGCGCCGCCUUGGACCCAUGCCGCGACGCACCGU